AUGACCUCUAAUCCGUGCAUUUUCUGUUUAGAUGAGCAGAGGUAUCCGCAACACAUAUCCUGCGGUCAUUCCUUUUGCGCGGCGUGCUUCAGGAAGUAUUUGGAGCUGGGUCGAGACAAGCGAUGUCCCCUCUGCAGAUGCGAUUUCAGGGCGGACAUCCAGCCUGCUCCGCCCCACGAUUCUGCAGAGGAACUCGAGUCCUUGCCCGGAACUGAGAUGGACACGCUGGUGCUGACUCUUUCGGAACAGGAGUGCUGGUUCUUUGAGCAGCUCUACCGGGAAGUGCAAUUGACAAGCCGUCGUGACUAGAUUGUAUCGUAACGAACGUUUUGUGAUAUUUUUUGUCUUCAUAUAUUUGUAUAUACAUUGUAUAUUUAUAUCUCAUCG